CGCUUUCUCAUCUGAAAAUUGCUUGCCACGGUAAUCUGUCGAGUGUUUCAACUUAAAUAAUUCAACCUGGUACAAGGUACGCCAAUUACCUGACCAACCUACUCCAAUGAGCCGUGCGUAGUCCCCCUCUCUCUAUGACAAUUUGCAUUUGUCUCAGCAAUGUGCAAGUUCUCGUCGUCAAUCUGUUUUUUUUACAAAUCAAAACAGUACCGUAUCACCUGGCACGAUGCAACAAACUCCGGAGUAUUAGAUGUGCAUACCUCACUCAUUCCUUGCUUAGGUUCCCAUUGUUGUCCACACUCACUGCCACUCUUACGAUACAGACCACCAAAAUGACUUUGUCCACGCGAUUCAUGAACGCAAGAUGU